UUCCACUUAUCCGAGGUCGGGUCGCCGUGGCAGCAGGUGAAGCAAAGUAGUCCAGAUGUCCCUCUCCCCAGCAACGUUUUCCAGCUCCUUUCUGGGGGAUCCUGCGACAUCCCCAAGCCAGAUCAGAAAUAUAAUCUCUCCAGCCCGAACCACUUCAACUGGUUCCGACACAAAGGAGCAAAGGCUCUACUCCAAGCUCUACUCAGAGCUUCUUACCCUAUCUCUAUAGCUGAGCUCAUGACAUUGUGGUGACACCUUAAGUAUCACUUGCAUAGCACCUUUAAUUUAAUUCAGCACUGCCUUGCAUUUAUGAAAACCUGAGUUGUAUGUAUGAAAAAAAAAAAAAAAAAUUCCCAUUCGGACCCCUGUGUAUUUAAUACAGUCUGGUUGUAUGUCUCUGUUGUCAUUAAGAAAUCACUGAGCUAAUUGAAUGUACUCAAUUCAUAGAACACAGUGCUCUAUAAAUUACACCUUUCAUUUCCUGAGCAACAGUUUGUUUUCAGAAAUCAGCAGACCAAACAAUGUGUAUUCAUAGGCUUGGCUUAGAGGUCUCAACAAAUUAGGUUGGUUCUUCUAAGCUGUUCUUCCUUUUGAGGUUUGUAACUUCCUAUUACUCUACUUAUACGCCCAUGAAUCUAGUGCUGGUUACUAUUCCUUACAGUAACAUAACAUGACACAGACCUCAUUGGAUUCAGACAAACAGAUCUCAGCAGUGUGAAGUUUGAGGAUCCAGACGUUUUCCCUCCAGGAUGAUUCACUGUCUUUUCAGCCAGAUGGGAAAUAUCAGCAUUAACCCGUCACCCCAAAAGGUCAACUUGAGCUCUUUGAAUAUCUUCACCAUCUCCCUCCACGGCUUGGUCUCUUCCAUUGGCAUCAUAGAAAACCUCCUCAUCCUCGGAGUAGUGGGCUUCCAUGUCCGCCGCUCUGUCAUCAGCAUCUGGAUCCUGAACCUCGCGGCCUCCGACCUGCUGGCCACCUCCUCCUUGCCCAUCUUCACUCUCUACAUGGCACGAGGCAACACAUGGACGUUGGGCCCAACCUUCUGCCGCAUCCAUUCCUCCAUCUUCUUUCUCAACAUGUUUGUCAGUGGCUUCCUGCUGGCGGCGAUUUCUUUGGAUCGCUGCCUGGUGGUUGUGAGACCUGUCUGGGCCCAGAACAACAGAAACCCAGAGCUUGUGAAGAAGAUAUGUGGGGGGAUUUGGGUCUUGGCUGCGCUCUGCACCAUCCCUUUCUACAUAUACCGUGGCACCAUUCACCUACCCGACGGCAAGAUUCUCUGUUACUACGAUUAUGCCCGAGCCCUCCUCCCCAGUGAGCCGUUCGACCUGAAAGCUUUAUGUAAGCAUCGCAAGGAGGGAUUGGCCUUCAUGAAGCUCUUCUUAGCCUUCCUGAUCCCUCUACUAAUCAUCAUCCUCAGCUAUUCUGCCGUGAACGCCACCUUGGUGCGCAGAGGCUACCAACGCUCCUUCCGUUUCGUUCGGCUGGUCGUGGCCGUGGUGGUGACCUUUGUGCUCUGCUGGGCUCCAUACCACUUCUUCAUCAUCAUGGAGGUGAUGGCUCCCAGUGGGAGUCCUUUGCAGAAACACGCAAGCAAGGCCCUCCCAAUCUCUGCAACCAUCGGCUUCCUUAAUAGCAUCAUCAACCCCAUCCUGUACGUGUUCAGCUGCCCUGACCUGUGCAAGAAGAUCAGACACUCUCUGGGAGCGGUGAUGGAGAGUGUUCUGGCUGAGGAUCUGAUGGAGCUGGCCCGGCGCCGCAGCACUGCUCGCAGCUCUAUCAGCACCUCCGAGUUUUUGAUGAAGCACAGGAAUUCUGCUGGAACUGUGUGUCUGAAAACCGAGGAACAAGACAAGGAUGAAAGUACUGCUAACACCAUUCAGUAAUGAACAAAAACAAAAAGCAAAAUUCCCUGGCUGCCCCAGUGAUUUCUGCUCUUGUUGCUGUUUUUAUUUGCAAUGUAAUCCAUGUUUAUCUGUUUUCCUAUGCAAAUAAUCUGAAACAGUUCACAUUGCCUGCACAGAUGUUUCAAAUUAAAAGCCAUCCAGCAGCCCACAGGGCAUAGUCCCUUUUGUUCCUAGCAGGCUUUUAAUUUGAAACAUCUACAAGUGGCAUUAAAGGUCCAUAUUUUACUCUUUUCCUGUGUUUUAUUUGAAA